GCACGGUGUGCCCCCUCCCUUCCAGUAUCAUGUAUCUUUUUGGACAUCACCACAUCAAAAAAUGAACACAAGAUGUCAAAACGGCCAAAACUGUCAGGUGCCCAGGGAAGAAAAAAUAGAAAAGAAGAGGAGGAGAAACGAGAAAAAACAGAGGUAGCAGAGGGGUGUAACGGAAAAUAAUUGAGAAGCACUGCAUGAAUACAUCUGGGAAAGACUUGAGAGGCCCCAAAAUGAGCGUGGGCGGAGGAAGGCCGACCCUGUCAGCAGCAGGCUGAUAUCUUUUUAGUGUCCACCCUUAUGUGCCUUCAAGAAGCCGCCGGACCAAAGAUUUCCGGAAGCUACAACAAGACGUGGCUUGAAGCCCUCCCACACCCAUGUGUCACCCUUCAAGGUCGAAACGUCUCAACACCGAAGGAGUGCAAGUGAGAGUCCACAUCCACAAGCAGCACUCCCAGUGCUGUGAGGGCGAAAUGUGUUUGUGUCGGGCCUGACAGGAAUAGAAGGAGCUGCCCCAGCCCCACCUGCCGUGGAUGAGGAGCACCACAAGUGGAACCACAGCGCUCCCUCGUGGAAGGAAGACGUCAACGUUAGCUCACCUGUUUGUGUCCCGCUGACUGAUCUUCUCCUUGCAUCUCCCAUCCUAAGAGUUUCCUGCCUUCCUCCAUCAUUCAGUUUUCUCCAGUGUUGGUGCAUUCUGAUGGAUCAGUAUGUCCACCACUAAUAACAUCGCCCAGGCCAGAAAACUGGUGGAACAGCUGCGCAUCGAGGCGGGCAUCGAACGGAUUAAGGUAUCCAAAGCAGCCGCCGACCUGAUGAGUUACUGCGAGCAGCACGCUCGUAGCGACCCGCUGCUGGUCGGCGUUCCCACCUCGGAAAACCCUUUUAAGGACAAGAAGCCCUGCAUCAUCCUAUAGCUGCGCACCACCAUCUCACACACACACACACACAUAUAGAUAAAUACACACACAUGGCCAUUAAGUCCCAAACCAACACACACACACACACUACCCACACCACACACAGUCCCAAAAUAGCCUCUCUGGAAAAGCGCCAUAACCUGAAGCCAGAGCGAUGAGUGUGGAGGUGUUGUUUGGUGGAGGGUGUUCUUUUUUCUUCUUCUUCUUUUAUUUUUGGUCCUCACAGUGGCUGAGACAGGCCAAGGUGCUUUAGUAUAAUAUUCACAUUAUGCUGGUAAACAAUACAAGUGUCAUCUUAAAUGGAGGAGCAGCAUUUAUUUGGAAGAAUGGUGGCAAGGAGCAUCUUUUACCUCCUCUUUUGCUUAGCAAGGGGGUAUAUAUUGCUUUACACUCUAAAUUGAGCUUUAUGGGAUUAUGGGUGGGCUUGUUCCUACUACCCAUUACGUCAUCUCCAGAUGUUGAGGUGUUCCCCCGCAGAACACACAGUCGUUUCUGGACUUUUUUUGGUGGGGUAUUUUGUUGACGUGCUCAUGUUGUCUUAAACUGGGCAUACACCGUACUGUUUUAUUAAUUUGCACGGUUUGUACGUUUAGCGCCUGCCUGCACGUUGGGUCAGAACUGUUCCGCUCAAGUCCUGCAGAUGGCAUUAUGUGCGGCCAGACUAACAAAUGUUGGUAAAGACGUGCCAUGCCGAUGUUAAAACGCGACGUCGUCCACUUAUCAUCUGUGCCUUGAUUUGGGUCAAUAAGUCAUGACUCGAUUUGUCUGAGGGAAAUUAAUUAAUCUGAUCUUUGUACGAAAUCGGGGGUUACCUUAAACCAGGGGUGUCCAAAGUGCAGCCCUGGGGCCAUUCGCAGCCCGCAGCCUGAGUUUUGUUGGCCCGCAAGCAUAUUGUCAGGAAAAAAAAAACAACAUUAAAAAGGAAUACAUUAAAAAAAAAAGGAACGUAAUGAGGAAAAAGCUGAAUUUUUCAAACUGAUAAAUAAUAAUUACCGUAUUUUUCGGACCAUAGGGCGCAUGAGCGGGUCUAUUCAGGUCGGUUUUCACACAAAAGGCGCACCGGGUUAUACGAAUGGUCUAUUUUCGAUAUAUUUUCAUAUAUAAGACGCACCGCAUUAAAGGAGUCAUAUUUUGUAUUUAUUUUUUCUAAAUGUAAUAAACUUCCUUGUAGUGUACAUCAGUGGUCCCCAACCUUUUUUUGCACCACGGACCGGAUUUAUGUACCGUAUUUUUCGGAGUAUAAGUCGCACCGGCCGAAAAUUCAUAAUAAAGAAAGAAAAAAACAUAUAUAAGUCGCACUGGAGUAUAAGUCGUAUUUUUUGGGGAAAUGUAUUUGAUAAAACCCAACACCAAGAAUAGACAUUUGAAAGGCAAUUUAAAAUAAAUAAAGAAUAGUGAACAACAGGCUGAAUAAGUGUACGUUAUAUGACGCAUAAAUAACCAACUGAGAACGUGCCUGGUAUGUUAACGUAACAUAUUAUGGUAAGAGUCAUUCAAAUAACUAUAACACAUAGAACAUGCUAUACGUUUACCAAACAAUCUGUCACUCCUAAUCGCUAAAUCCCAUGAAAUCUUAUACGUCUAGUCUCUUACGUGAAUGAGCUAAAUAAUAUUAUUUGAUAUUUUACGGUAAUGUGUUAAUAAUUUCACGCAUAAGUCGCUCCUGAGUAUAAAUCGCACCCCCGGCCAAACUAUGAAAAACACUGCGACUUAUAGUCCGAAAAAUACGGUAUAAGACGCACCGGAUUACAAGGCGCAUUAAAGGAGUCAUAUUUUUUUAUUUAUUUUUUCUAAAUGUAAAACACUUCCUUGUAGUCUACAUCAGUGGUCCCCAACCUUUUUUGCACCACGGUCCGGUUUUAUGUAGGCAUUAUUUUCAGGGACCGGCUUUCCACUUGUGCCAGAUAAAUACAGCAAAAAUAAGUGCAUGAAAAAUACAACUCACUAUAACGCUGAAUUAGUGGGAGCUCUGGACUUGUUUCUUUGUAAUGAGAUGCAGAUGGGAAUCAGCUUUUGGCUACAAUCUGUCACAUUUAUAUUUUAAAUGCUCAUUAAUGUGCAUUGUAUUAUGUCACAAAGCUAUAACAAAUGUAACA